GAUUGGACGGACUCUCCUUCUUCAGGCAGUCUGCGGAUCUCCUUCCUCAAGGACGUCUGACCAGCGACGCAGCCACUUUUCCUAGAGUUUCAGUGCACCACCAGACGUCAGCAUGGGAAACAAGAGCAGUCUUAUGUUGCAGGAGCAGGAUAUCAGGGAAAUUCAGUCCGAAACUGGAUUUUUGCCAAGCCAGAUUGAACGGCUGUACAGCCGCUUCACCAGCCUGGACAAGGGAGACAAUGGCUGUCUCUCAAGGGAGGAUUUCCUUCGCAUUCCGGAGUUGGCCAUCAACCCACUUGGUGACCGAAUCGUUCAUGCUUUCUUUAAGGAGAGUGAGGGUGAUCGUGUAAACUUCUGUCAGUUUGUACGUGUACUGGCUCACUUCCGUCCAAUUAAGCGAACUCAGGAUAACAAACUUAAUGCACGAGAAGAGAAGCUGCGAUUUGCAUUCAAAAUGUACGACUUGGAUGAUGACGACCGAAUCUCUCGUGAGGAGCUCCUUGCUGUACUACACAUGAUGGUCGGGGAAAACAUAAGUGAUGAGCAGCUAAACAGCAUUGCAGAAAGAACCAUCCUUGAGGCAGAUCGCGAUGGAGAUCAGAUGAUCAGUUUUGAAGAAUUUUGCACAGCUCUGGAGCGCACUGAUGUGGAACAGAAAAUGUCAAUCAAGUUCCUCAAAUAAUUUUGUCAGUGUUUUUCUGUCCAUGAAAAUAUCAAAAAUGCAUUUUCAGGGGAACGUACAUAGCAUUGACAAAAAGUUGAAAUGGAACAAAAGUUUGGAUAUAUAUACAUAUAUAUAUAUACAGUUUGUAUAUACUUGGUUAGAUAUUUGUGUAUUUUGCCUUAAUAAAAGGAAUGCAACUAUUAAAUUAUGAUAAUAACAGUAUUUUGUGAUGUGGUAGUAGAAAUAAAAAUUACCUGGGUGAAUCGAGCAAGUAUUAGGAGGGUUUUUAGUAAUAGAGCUGCACUGUGUACACUAUAUAUUUUUGAGUUGAAAGAAUAAAGAGGUCUUUCGUGAUUGUUCAGCUGAGAAUUCGCACAAAAUUAAAAUUGUAAUGAUAGUAGACAAGAGAGAAAAUCAAGUCAACAAAACUCGUAUUUGCUAUUAGCUAAUCAUAGAUUAUAUACAUAUAGCAGAAUUUUACCAUUUUGACAAGAUCAGUUUUGGUAAGCAAUCAUGCUAUGAGGUGGCCUUAUAUAAAGUUAACUUGCACAAACAGAAAUUAGUUACAUAUGUGUUCACAAGCAACAAAAUCAAUCAUUGUGUGAUGUUCUUAUUAUCAGUAAGGUAUCAGAAUGGCAGUUCUCCAGACCUUUGGUAAAAUGGUAAAAGGUAUGACGCAUGAAUACAGGUCCACUAACAAUAAAUUUAGUUAAUUUUAAUUAUAAGCACAGUCAGCAAAUUGAUAAGCAUUUCGUUUGAGGUCAGACUUGAGCUAAAAGAAAUCUUAGAUGUUGGAUGCAUUCUUUGUGGUAAUGCCAUACUUUUGAAUACUUUCUUAUCUCAUCUUUGUUUCCUUCCUUAUUAUUGUCAUUUCUUUUCCAUAGAAUGUCACAGCAUGUACUUCAGCAUUUUGUGUUUUGUUUUGUUUCUGUCUACCCUUGAAUUUGAAUUGAUAUUAUAUGAAAGAUUAUUUAGUGGAGUCUACAUAGUUAUUGUUAAACAGAAAUAUAUAUAUAUAGAUCGUAACGUGUGUUUUGUGUGAGCUUUACAAUGAGAGUAUGAUGUUGUUUUAUCAUUCCUCGGUUUUAUUGAAUUUUGUCGCUGCUCCUUAAAUAAUCAGGCCUGUUUGUAUUUUAUGUUAUUUGUGACAGUACAUGGUGUUCAUAUAUAGGAAGAUUUUUUUAUUUUUUUUCUAUGAAUGCUUAUUAUGUUUUGUAUAUAUGGCAGGUUUUUUUUAUACAUUUUGUGUUUUGUUUGACAUAUUGCAAAAUAAGACCCUACGUAUUAAGCAGGCUUUGGGAAAUAGCCUCACUUCAGAUUUCAUAUGAAUGGGUUUAACAGCAUUCAAUCUUUUCUUUACUUAUGGUUUGCCCUUGGUGCUGACUUAUCCGUUGUUCUAUACAUUAUUUUCUUUUUUCAUUUCCAAGUGCCUGUUGCACAAUAUAAGUGUCUUUUAUCCCUCCUGACCAUGGUAUGUACAUUCCCAUAAAUAUUUUGCACAAAUAAUAUAUUUCUAUAA